UGUGUUGUUUCAGUUUCACUCUAGCUACGAACGAAGUUAAAAGCUUGCGGAUUUUAAUAAAGAUGGGCAGUAACUGGUAUCCAAUAUUGAUUGUGGCCUGUUUAAGUCGGUUGGGAGUUGCUCAAGAACCUCUUAUUUUUCAAACAUCGAACAACCCAUUGGAUAGUACUGCUCUAACAACGCCAAGGCCGAUUUUCUCCGCCAGUUCCAACUUGGUAUUGGUCAACAAUGUAAGGAUACCUGGUGCUAUCACACCAUUCGUUUCAGCACCGGCCCCGAACCAGGAAUUUCUGAACUGCUUUGGUAGUUGCCCCACGACAUCGCAGUAUAGUCCCAUAUGUGGCAGUAAUAUGCAGCAAUAUAUGAACGAGCAGAAAUUCAAUUGCGCCCGUUUCUGUGGUGCAGACAUACAAAUAGUUCGACGAGGAAGUUGCGAGGGUCUUUUUGCGAUGACUCGCGGCUGAUAUUCUUCAGACAACAACGAAUACCAGUUUAACUUAGAAAUACAUCGGGCUCAGAGAUGUUUUCGUCAAAGCAACAACUUUUCCGUAAAGUUCCCAGUUCAUGAAAAUUUGAUAAGAACAAAGAGAGAUGAGAAACUGUAUAUAGACGCCAUAUAGUGGUGUUACUAACACAAAAAUAGGUAUAUAGAGAAAAUAUAUGUGUAUACGUACUUCUGAAAAA